CCCCGCGAGCGUCGCGCGUCCGAUGACCGUACGGCUGACAGGUGGCAAAUUAAAAAGUUAAAAUGUCACAUUCUAUGCAAUGACAUUUUUCGUUUUUUUUUAAUUUAAAGUGAUGCAUAGAUUUUCUUACGUGUCAGUGUUGUGAGUGUGCAAGUACGUUACUAUAAUUGACACCGAGAAGGUUAUAUAUUUCAAUGUUGGCAGAGUUUUGCUCUAUCAUUUCGUUAAUAUAACCUGAGCUAACGCAGGGACUGUUUUUUGGCGAACCAGGGGUUCCCGGAUCGAUAUAACUUGUAAGCUACCGUGUUAAUGUGUGGAGGUUAAUGAACUUGAUAACUCCCGAAAACUCCUUGGUCCGUAUAAAGAACGAGUAUCUAAUAUAUGUAAGUGUGACAAUGUUGAUGUGAGUGUAGUGUUGAAUUAUGACGUGAACGUAGAAAUAGCCAUGUAUCGGCCAAAUUUCUACGAGAGCACGUGCUUUCGUUGCAACGAAAUUGUGUAUCAAGUGGACAGGGUUGGCCCGUUGAAGGAUUUCACAUUCUUUCACAGCGGAUGUUUCAAAUGCGCUGUAUGCGGCACCAAGCUGACUUUGAAGACAUACUACAAUAAUCAGCAUUGGACGGAGGAUAAGGAGGUUUAUUGUUCGAGCCACGUUCCUAAGAUCGGACCAGGUCACUUGGAUAACUCCUCAGUAGGCAUUAGGAGUGCGUUGAACGUGCCCAGAAGUAACAACUACGUGAACGAGCAGAUCCGAGGUUACGCCAGGAAUAGCCAUGAAGCUGAACUAUCACCAACUCGCGUCACCAAUGGCAGCGUCAAUGCUUCUCCGGCGCGUGAGCUGUCACGUGACACUCCAGAUUACCAAUACGGAAGGUUUGAUGCGAGCGCUCUGCACAUCGCCCACGCUCUCAAACAGACGGAACUGCAAAAAGCCUAUCACAGACCAAGGGAGAAGCCUAUCGACUGUUACUUGGAUCGUGACGAACAAACAAAACUGGAAAUGAAACACAGGCAGGAAGAAGAUGAUUUGUAUAGAAAGUUUUCUAAACACAGAGAGGAAGAAAAUCGUAGAAUACGAGAAGAAAUACAGGAUGAGUGGGAGAGGGAGUUAGAAAGAUUAACAAACCGAUUCCAACAAGAGAUGCAAGUGAAGAAACGAAGACCAGAAUCUGAGAUAGGAGCCCUGACACUUCGACAUCAACAGGAGAGAGCUGAUCUGGAGAAGAAUAUGACUCUCCGGAGAGACAAGAAGAAGGAGAGCUUGACUAGAAAGAUGUUAGAACACGAGAGGGCUGCUACUGCAGCACUGGUUGAAAAGCAAAGUCACGAGAUGAUGGAACUGAUCCAGGAGCGUAGAUCUGAAUACAUGGCAGCAUCCUCCAUAUUCCUGGACGGAGAAGAAGCACCCCCUUAUCCUUCUCGUGCUCCGCCCCCUUUGCCGCCGCUUGUAUCCAAAUUCCACAUAUACACAGAUCCUGCGGAAUUCGCGGAUGUUGAUAAGAUUGCUAUUUCCGUAGCGCAAGAGGAUCAAAAAACUUUUACCGAUUUGGUCCGACAACUCGUGGGUAGAUGUGCGAGUGAUGUCGAGAAAGCGAGAACCAUUUUCCGCUGGAUAACUGUGAAGAACCUCAACAACAUACAAUUUGACGAGAACCUCCGAGGGGAUUCCCCCCUGGGAUUACUUAGAGGCAUCAAGCACGGCACCGAGAGUUAUCACGUCCUGUUUAAGAGACUGUGCAGUUAUGCUGGUCUCCACUGCGUGGUAAUCAAGGGGUACAGUAAAUCAGCUGGCUACCAGCCUGGAGUACGUUUCGAAGACAAUCGCUUCCGCAACUCGUGGAACGCGGUGUACGUGGCCGGGGCCUGGCGCUUUGUGCAAUGCAACUGGGGGGCGAGACACCUUGUUAACGCUAAAGAUGCGCCCAAGCCAGGAAACAGAGGAAAGAGCGACAGCUUGAGAUAUGAAUACGACGAUCACUAUUUCCUGACGGAUCCUCGCGAGUUCAUCUACGAGUUCUAUCCGCUUCAGCCUGACUGGCAGCUGUUGAAGACGCCCAUCACUCUACACGAUUUCGAGGAACUUCCCUUCGUGAGGUCGCUGUUCUUUAGAUACGGACUCUACUUCAGCGAUCCCAACACCAAAGCUGUUAUGUACACCGACUCUACUGGUGCGGCGACUAUGCGUAUAGCCAUGCCGGCACACAUGCAGAGCUCGUUGAUCUUCCACUAUAACCUUAAGUUCUACGACACGGAGGGCGACGGUUUUGACGGGGUCAGCCUUAAGCGGUUCGUCAUGCAGUCUGUGGUUGGUAACGUUGUAUCGUUCCGUGUACACGCGCCCUGUUCCGGGGCCUUUCUCCUGGACAUUUUCGCGAACGCCGUCACACCCAGGGAAUACCUCACCGGCGAGCCCAUGAAAUUCAAGAGCGUUUGCAAAUUUAAGAUUUGCUGCGCCGAACUACAAACAGUAAUGGUGCCGCUACCAGACUGUGCUAGCGGUGAGUGGGGGCCGACUAAAGCGACCAGACUCUUCGGCCUCGUCCCCAUCACGCACCAGGAAGCACUUGUAUUCGCCGGCAGAGAACUAGAGAUUCAGUUCCGAAUGUCGCGCCCUCUAGCGGACUUUAUGGCGACUUUACACAAAAAUGGCAUCGAUGAGAAACGGCUGUCCAAAUACGUGCAACAAAACGUCUCGGACGAUAUCGUCAGCUUUUACAUAACAUUCCCAGAGGAAGGUCAAUACGGUUUGGACAUAUACACUCGCGAGCGCGGGGGACCCACGGCCAUACACAACGGCUCCAGCGAGAAGGAAAAGCACCUACUUACACACUGCUGCAAAUAUCUCAUCAACAGCAGUAAACGAAACUAAAUGAAAAAUAUGUAUCGGUUAUACUAUAGAAGAUAUGUUUUGUAACUCAUAAAAUUCAUACGAGCCGUUUAAUGUAAUGUUUCUUCAAUCUUGGAGUCUACUAAAACGUCUCCAAGUACUGUCAAUACUUUGAAAAAAAACAGCAGAAGAUUAAAAAUUUUAUAACUAUAUCUAUUGUUAACAAUUUUUAAUAGUUAUAACUAUAUCCAAAUAUAGGUAGGUUAUAGGAAAAUAAAACACCGAAUACAUUGUAUACAGAUCUUUGUCAAAUUUAUUAACUCUAGGUUGUGCCGAGCAAUCCAAUUGCUAACAUAUAAUUAAUAUCAAAACAUAUAGUUCUUAUAUAUUAAUUAUAAGACAUCUAGAAUAAUGUUUUUUACUUAAUAGAUAUAAAAAAAAUAACACUACAUUAAUAUUAAGUGCAAUAAUUAUAUAAUAUAUUUUUUAUAUAUAUUUUACAUAGAACAAUCCGGAAAGUCAAGAUACGAGACAGUUUAAAGGAAAUAAUGAGCAAUAGAUUCUCAGACAUUUUAAGUUAAGACUGACAAACUUAUCUAAAAUAUAUUACUAAGAAAUAUUUGAUCGAAUUAAAUAAAUUAAUUGUACAUAAAAUGAUAUUUUCCUAUGAAAGUAAUAAAAAUCCAUGACAAUAUAUUAAACAGCUCCCGCCAAUGAACUCUAGUAGAUUCAAACUGAAAUAUUUAUAUUAAAAAAAAUUAAAAAAUAUUCACUACGGAAUGUCACCAUUACGAUAACUGUAAACUUGCUCCACUUACGCUUAACCAAACAUGAACUAACAUUAAGAUCGUACGUAAUUUAUACUUAUAUUUAAUAAACACUAUGUAAAUUUUUAUAUAAAAUAUAUGGCAUGUUAUUUUUA